GCGGCGCGAGCGCCCCGGCGCUGGGCCCGAGCUGAGGCCCGGGCUUCGCGGCCGACUGUCCGCAGCAUGAGCGGGGCCGGCGCUCCCCGCACGCCGGCGGGACUGGGGCUGUGAGGGCCGUGGUUCCGGGCUGAAGCUGCCGCGUCUGGCCGGGCGCGCCGCCGGGUUCCAUGGAGCUGGAGGGGCAGUGGUGGCGAGGACAGCUGGCUGCCGACAUUCACCAAGCUCUUCGGUACAAGGAGCUGAAGUUGCCCUCCUACAAAGGCCAGUCCCCUCAGCUAAGUCUCAGGAGGUACUUUGCUGACUUGAUUGCCAUAGUGAGCAAUCGCUUCACACUCUGCCCUUCUGCCCGACAUCUUGCUGUCUAUCUACUGGACCUAUUUAUGGAUCGCUAUGACAUCUCUAUCCAGCAGCUACAUUUAGUUGCACUAUCCUGUCUUCUCCUAGCAAGUAAAUUUGAAGAGAAAGAAGAUAGCGUGCCUAAGUUGGAGCAGCUUAAUAGCCUUGGUUGCAUGACCAAUAUGAACCUGGUAUUAACAAAGCAAAAUUUGCUACAUAUGGAACUAUUAUUAUUAGAAACCUUUCAGUGGAACCUCUGCCUUCCUACAGCUGCUCACUUCAUUGAGUAUUAUCUCUCUGAAGCUGUACAUGAAACAGAUCUUCAUGAUGGCUGGCCAAUGAUCUGCUUGGAAAAAACUAAACUCUACAUGGCCAAAUAUGCAGAUUACUUCCUUGAAGUGUCCCUGCAAGAUUAUGCCUUUCUAAAUUAUGCACCUUCUUUAGUAGCUGCUGCAUGUGUGGCUUCUUCGAGGAUUAUACUUCGUCUUUCUCCAACAUGGCCCACAAGACUACAUCGCCUUACUGCUUACUCCUGGGAUUUCUUAGUGCAGUGUAUUGAACGGCUGUUGAUUGCUCAUGAUAAUGAUGUGAAAGAAGCAAACAAACAGAGAGCACAGUCAGGCCCUCAGUCAGCACAACUAGGCAUGUUCCAGACAGCCUCCCAGCCCUCACGGCCAGUUCACUUUCAGCAACCCCAGUAUCUCCACCAGACUCAUCAGACCUCGCUGCAGUAUCGCCAUCCUGUAUCAGAUCAACCAAGCUGUCAGCAGAUUGUAUCUACCACACACACCUCAUCUUACACACUACAGACAUGUCCUGGUGGCUUCCAAACUAGUGUUCAGAGCCUUGGGCACAUGCAGACUGGUGUUGGGAUGUCUCUAGCAAUACCAGUAGAAGUUAAACCCUGUCUGAGUGUUUCUUACAACCGGAGUUACCAGAUAAAUGAACAUUACCCUUGUAUUACUCCGUGCUUUGAAAGGUGAUUGUCUGCAAGUAAUAACUGAUCCAAACAGGCCUUGCAGCUCUGGGGCAGGCUCUUGUAAACUUCUCUUCAGAAGGAAAGGGAUCCAGAUAACACCAGACAGAACUCUGCAGGUACCACAGCAGGAAGACUGAAUAUCCCUGCGUAUCACAGCAUCAUGAGUGUCCUGUUACAGCAAAUCCCUGUGUAACAAAAAUGUUCAAGCCCUAGCUGACGGUCCCAAUAUUUCAAAAUAUUCAAUACAGCAGAAAUUUUGGACAGACUGCAGAUUGCCAUUUUCAGAUUUGACCUGUGAUAGGCUUGGAUUCUUGCUUGGAUUAGAUGUCAAAGACUAGUGUUUAUCUAUGGACUUGCCAAACCGUUUUUCAUGAAGGAAAGUUAACAGUAUUACUUUUGAAGACAUUUUUAAUUCAGUUUUGAGGGUUUUGUUUUUUUUUUACCUGACGUGAAUUCCUAAGUUUAAAUUCAUCUGUGCUAUACCAAUCUGUGCAGUAAAAAAUUGUGUCAGAUUAUGUAAGUUCCUGUCAUAAAUAAUGUAGGUAUCUGGAUUUAUUUACUAAAAUUAGGUGUGGAAUAGAUCUCUUAUCUUGAAAUCUUGGUUAUAUUUGUGUUUUUCCCUAAGUGAUCCAACUCACAUCUAUAGCAUGAAAACACAUUUAACUCAGGGAGUUUGUACUACUUGGAAACAUUUAACUGUAAUGCAUCAUACUUUGGAAUGUUAGAGUGUGAACUACCUUUAUAACAUGCUAAACUAUUCCCCUAGGAUGUGUUUUCCAAUGAGAUCAUAAUAUUGUAGCCCAGAAUGAUUGAAGUGUGGUUCUGUAAUUCAUGUAUAGGUUUGAAGUUGUCAGUGCAAUUGAGAUUUAUAGUCUGAUUUGAUGUUAUUCCUAAAAGAGCUUUUUCAAGGGAAGGAAUAGCUAAAAUGUGUCCAUACUAGAAUACAGUCCUGUAGGUUAUUCUGGAAUGGAGGGCAGCCAGGGUUUACUCAGGUAGUGCUAGCCUAGCACUUGUUAUGUGGAAGACAGGUUUGGUAAACAGCCUCCAGCUGGUUGGCCUGAGCAGACAGGGAUACUGAUUACAAGAUUGUAAUAGCCACUUUCACUUGGCCCUGCAACUGCCCUGGGACAUUUCACUCUGCUGGUGGUGAGUGAAAGCAGCAAUAAUAGUCAUUAUAGUAAAGGCAAUUUGGGCAUAAAGUGUUUGAGAGAAUAAUAGACAUUAAAAAGUUAAAAAUGUAAUAACUGGUAAAUACAUCCUUAUCUGUGGGAGGAAACAGAUUUGGUAGAGGGAAGUUUCUCGUUUAAAAAUUAGUGUGUCCAUUUGUGUUCUUUUAAAGGUAGCACUUGAAUAGAAGGGUCCGCAUGGCAGAUGUGUGACUACCACAAUGUGCAUUGAAGACAGACUUGUUACAGAGCUGUGGGUAUGCAGCAGGUGAUUCCAUAAUCAAGUCAGUGGCCUUUGUUAAGUAGGGUAGGGCUCAACAUAGUAGUGGGGUGAUCCAGAGGCUCCAGUGGAUGAGUGUGAGGGAGUGGCUUCUGCCAACCUGAAUUCUUAGAAGACAUGCCUUAUCCUUAAAAGGAAAACACUUACGUUUAGAGUAUACAGGGCAUAAUGUGGAUUUCAUAGCCCAGCAAAUGGCACAAAAGCCACUCAGGUAAGAACAUUCAUGGCAGUUUUUAAACAUGAAAAUUGUUUUCUGAAAGUCACUUUUCCUCUUUAAAAGGGCUGCUAAUUGGAUUUUAAUCAUUCUUAACAAAACUUGAAUUACAUGGGGGAAAGUAGGUUCAAAAGAUAAUAUCAGCCAGGUGCCAGUGGUUCAUGCUUGUAAUCCGAGCUACUCAAGAGACUAUUUGGAGGAUCAAGGUUCAAAACCAGCAUUCAUGAGACUCCUAUCUCCAACAAAAAGCUGGGCCAGAUGUACAUCGUAAGUUGGUAGAGUGCCAGCCAGAAGUAAGCAAGAUGAGCAAGAGAGCAAGGCCCUCAUUUCAAGCUCCAGGACCAGCAUGAAAAAGAAAAAAAAAAAAGAUAAUGUUCAUUUUCACAAAUAGAAGCCAGCAACUUUGAAUCCAGUUUUCAGUAUUGUAACUACCUCAGUAAUGCUAUGAAUGUAAGAUAAUUGGGAUAAAGAUCCUAACUUGAAACAACAAUUAGUGCCUGUGGUAAUUUAAUGUCUUGUCAAAUGCUUUUAUUGAUUGGUUUAUAUGUCUCUUGUUAUAGAAAAAUAUGCCUUUUUGAAAAGUUUAUUAACACUUUUCCAAUUUAUAUUUUAAAAAUCUAAAGAACACUGGAUUAAUUUUUUGAGGGGGGGCUUAGAAUAUGAUAAUUGGUUAUUGAUUACUAUUGCUGCAUACCCAGGGUAGGAUGGUUUUUUUUAAAACAUUAGGUUUCAAUAUAAAUACAACUCAACAACUGUUAGAUUGGGGAGGGGGGGGAAUGUGUAGGGUUUGUUUUGUUUAAUUUAUUGAUUAGUCCUUGAAGAUUUUUUUUUUUAAUUACUGGACCAUCGGAUGUGUACUGUGAAGAGAUUAAUGGUAUGUAUAAAGGGCUUUACCAAAGUCCACU